AUGAACAAUACCUCUGUCCGAUCACCAGAAUGUGUAGAGGAGUCUGCAGUAAGGGCUUACCCUGAGUACAAAGCAAAUGAGCAUGCAGUAAGGAUUUACCCUGAGCACAAAGCCGAGGAGCCCGCGGAAAGUGGUAAGGUCUUACCCUUGCACAUAGCAGAGGAGUCUGUAGAAACGGAUAUGGAUGCUGGAACUCAACAUGAGUACCAAGAAUUGAAGCAAAAAGUGAGGAGAAUGUUGGUGAAAAGCAUGGACAAACCAUCCCGAAAGGUGCACAUAAUCGAUGCGGUCCAACGCUUAGGCGUGGCUUAUCAUUUCAAAAAGAGAUUGAAGACGCCCUGCAAAUUAUAUACCAAACUUAUGGAACUUUUUAAAACCAAUAUUCAUACAAAGGAUACAUUCAAUAAGUUCAAAGAUGAGAAUGGAAAGUUCAAAGAAUCCUUAAUCAGUGACAUUAAAGGCAUGUUGGAGUUCUAUGAAGCUGCACACUUUCAACUGCUGGGAGAAAAUCGCCGGUGCUCUAAAUCGACCGCUACACGCUUACCUAGACUGGUUGGUAGGAGCUACAUUUCCAUAUAUGAAGGAUAUGGUAACCAAGAUCAAAACUUAAUGAAAUUCGCAAAGUUGGAUUUCAAAAUGGUACAACAUUUGCACAAGCAGGAGUUAAAGGAGAUUAACAGGUGGUGGAAAGAUUUAGAUGUAGCGACCAAUUUUCCUUUCAUACGAGAUAGAUUGGUGGAGUGUUAUUUGUGGAUAAAUGGAGUGUACUUUGAACCCCAUUACUCCAUUGCUAGAACUUUUAUGACCAAAGUAAUAUCCCUCACAUCAAUAAUGGAUGAUACUUAUGAUGCAUAUGGCACACCAGAAGAACUUGAACUCUUUACAAAAGCAAUCCACAGGUGGGAUAUCAACUGCACGGAUCAACUUCCGGACUACAUGAAAUUGUUGUAUCGUGAAAUCUUAAAUGUUUUUUAAGAUAUGAAUGAUUUGAUGUCCGAACAAGGAAAAUCAUACCGUGUC